UAACCGAUAUUUUUGAUACUCAUUCUCAGCCAAUCACCACAAACAAAGUUAACAAUAAUUUGGGGACACAUUUAAAUGUGUGUUUCCUUGUUCCUACGUUCUUCUUUGUCUCCUCCUUGGUCGUCUUUUCCCACUGAAACUCAAGAGCAAUGUCACUGAGGCCCACUUUAUUGUACCGACCCAACUUCAACUUUUUUCCCAGUAACACUCCUAAGCUCAAGCCUAUAAAUUCUUCGAAGUUGUUUGUUGAUUCAUCUGUAUCAAAGUUGAGUUCUUUAGGUGGGUUUGUCUCAAACAAAGGUUUUUCUGACAUAAAUUAUAGAAUGUUCGGUACCAACAACAUGGUUCAAUUGAAUUCAACUUGUUCUCUCAGAGGUGAUGAGGGCGAUGAAGGUUUUCAAGUGCUUGAACAGGAAGCAGUUGUUAAUGGGUUGUCUAAGUUAAGUCCAGAAUUUAAGCCUGAUGGGCUGGAAGCCACCCUCAAUCGAUCGAGCAAGUGGCUUGUAGCUGCCCUUUUUGGUGGUGUCAUUCUUUGGAGGCAUGAUGUAGAAGCUAUGUGGGCUGCUAUGGGGUCUGUUGUAAAUGUGAUGCUCUCACUUAAGCUCAAACGUAUACUAAACCAAGAGCGACCUGUUUCCACAUUGAAAUCUGACCCUGGGAUGCCAUCUUCACAUGCGCAAUCCAUUUUCUUCACUGUCACGUUUACUUUUCUGUCAAUUAUUGAAUGGCUAGGGAUAAACGAAAUCACCAUAGCAAUCGGUGUUCUUGCCUUGGCAUUUGGUUCUUACCUUUCAUGGCUACGGGUCUCACAACUCUUUCAUACAGUAAGCCAAGUUGUCGCGGGAGCUGUCUUGGGAACCAUUUUCUCUAUUCUGUGGUAUUUUUCUUGGGAUGCUAUUGUGCUAAAAGCAUUUAACUCCUCAUUCUGGGUUCAAGCAAUUGUUGUUCUGGGAGCUGCUGGAUUUUGCCUAGGCUUUCUUGUACACGUAGUUUGUUAUUGGCUUAGGGAUGAGGAUGAAAUCUCUAAAUAGAAAGAUGCCUUGCAAAGCGGAGACUCAAAUUUUCAAAGUAGCUUAAGUAAUGAAGCAUGAAAUGUGUGCGUGUGUGAGCAUACACACAAGUGCACACAUCAUGCAGUAAAGGCCUGAGCCUUUUAUCUUACAAAUUAGAUGGUAGCGUCAGAGAACUGCCAACUGCUUGGAAUACUCCUUGUACAUCAGAGUAGUUAGUGUCAUACUGAAAAUUUCAUUGAUUUAGUGUAUGUAAUUGUAUCACAGAUUAAUGGAACUUGUUUGGGGUCUGGAUAUACCAAGUGAUUCAGACUUCAGAGUAUUUUAUUGUA